UCAUGACCGUAUAGAUAUAAUGCUUAGACAUGGUGCCCUGUCAGACCCAUGUGUUGCUGAAGUGGCAGGAGCACUUUAACAGCUCCUGGGCUUCAGAGGACAGUGUACAGACAGCCAGAAGGCAUGGAGCUACAGAGCUCUACAACAAGCUUCUUCACAACAAGGAGGUGGUGACUCUGGCUCAACCUGUUCAAGAGCUCGUCGGCCCACGCCUGCCAGACUUCGAGUGUGAGUCUAGCGCCUCUGCAGAGAAGGAAGAGUACCUGUCAUCCCUGCUUCACAGCCAACGAUGGCUCGCUCACCGCAUGCUGACGCAAACCUCCUACACCCUCGGCCUCCACCAAAGGCUGGUGGUCCUCCAGAGGAUCUACUACGCACUCCACAGCAAAUACCAUGACAAGUUCAGGGUGCAGAUGCCCUCCCAGUCCACGGACAGCGGGACUGACUGUGGGCAACUUGAGCUGGCCUCAGAGCCCUGCCUGCCAGGCGCUGCAUCCAAAGUCAAAUCGGGUACUGAUGUUCUGAUAGAGAUGGGCGUGAGGACAGGUUUGAGCCUGCUCUUCUCCCUUUUGCAGCAAAACUGGAGAUAUGCUGCCUCCGUGCAUCCAGAGUCGGUUCUUUGCAAUGACGUCCUCGCUACAGCGUCGUCUGUGCUGGCUUCUCUGCCGCCGCUCUCUCUGGCCAAUGAGAACAAGAUCCCGUCUGUUGGGCUGGACUGCCUGGCACAGGUGGCUGACUUUCUGAAGAAGACGUCAGUAAGCAGCGGAGCUGGUGGGGCAGACCCGACCGGACGGAGGCUAGCGCUGGAGCUGCUCCUCGGCCUGGCCAUGCAGAGAGGCUCCCUGAAGUUCCUACUGGAGUGGGUGGAGGUUGCUUUGGCUGCUUCCAUGUCCUCACCCACCUCUACACUGUCUUCCUCCUCUUCACUGAGCUCCCAGCAGUCAGCUGGUGUGGGCUUUGAUGUGAUCCAUCAAACCCUUCUUCAAAUGAGGCAAUAUUCGGGUUUCCGAGGGGACUCCAUCAAUACUCAGGUGCUAAAAAAGGAUGCUGAUGGACUUUGUCGACUCUCUCAGGCAGCUCUCUGCCUGUUUGAGGAGAUUUGUAACCUUGCGUCCUACUGCCUGUGCUCCUGCAGCACAGAUGCAUCUUCUCCGGGUACAGAUAGUGACACAGUGAUGGUGUAUGUGUGGGGGAGCAACAGCAGUCACCAGCUGGCAGAGGGAACUCUGGAGAAAAUCCUCCUGCCAAAGCUGACUCAGGGCUUCAGUGAUGCUCAGAUGAUUGAGGCAGGCCAGUACUGUACCUUCUCAGUGUCUGCUGAUGGUUCAGUGAAGGCAUGUGGAAAAGGCAGCUACGGUCGCCUGGGCCUGGGGGACUCCAACAACCAGUCCAUGCCCAAGAAACUUGUGCUGGAACCACACAGGAACAUGAAGAAAGUGUCCUCCUCUAAAGGCUCUGAUGGUCACACUCUCGCUAUAACUGUAGAGGGCGAGGUGUUCAGCUGGGGUGAUGGUGAAUAUGGGAAACUGGGCCAUGGCAACAGUGCUACACAAAAAUACCCCAAAAUCAUACAAGGACCGCUGCUUGGAAAGGCUGUUGUUUGUGUGUCUGCUGGCUACAGACACAGUGCUGCUGUGACUAAUGAUGGAGAGCUCUAUACAUGGGGAGAAGGAGACUUUGGCAGACUUGGUCACAGUGACAGUCAGAGUCGAAACGUGCCUACACUAGUAAAGGACAUCAGUGGUGUGGGUCAGGUGGCCUGCGGCAGCUCUCACACCAUUGCUGUGGCGCAGGAUGGACGCACUGUGUGGUCCUUCGGCGGAGGGGACAAUGGUAAACUCGGUCAUGGAGACACCAACCGUGUGUAUCGGCCCAAGGUCGUAGAGGCCCUGCAUGGAUUCAUCAUCAGGAAAGUGUGUGCGGGCAGCCAGUCAUCUUUGGCUCUUACCUCUGCAGGACAGGUGUUUGCAUGGGGCUGUGGCUCAUGUUUAGGAUGUGGAUCCUCUGAGACAACCUCCCUGAGACCCAGGUUUAUAGAAGACCUGAGUAUCACCAAGAUCAUUGAUAUCUCAUGUGGAGACAGCCACUGCCUGGCUCUGUCCCAUGAGAACGAAGUGUAUGCCUGGGGGAACAACACCAUGGGUCAGUGUGGACAGGGCCACACCUCAACACCAAUCACCAAACCUAAGAAAGUGCUGGGUUUAGAGGGGGUGUCCAUCCAGCAAAUCACAGCUGGCACUUCUCACAGCCUGGCUUGGACUGCUGUUCCCACCGACAGGCAACUGGUGGCAUGGCACAGGCCCUUUUGUGUCGACUUGGAAGAGAGCACAUUCACCUACCUGCGCAACUUCCUGGAGAGUUACUGUGAUGGAAUUGGGAACGACACACCUCCUGCUCCAUUCUUAUCUAAAGGGGACCACCAUCAGUUUCUCUUGCUGUGCAUGAAGCUGCUGUCCAUCCACCUGUCCUUGGCCCACGCUGGGGGCACUGGUGCCAUGGUUUUAGGGGCUCAGGGCCGACCUCUCAGAAACCUGCUCUUCAGACUCAUAGAUACAAAUAUGCCAGACUCCAUACAGCAGGCAGUCCUGAACACAUUGUCCAUCGGGGCGUCCCUACUGCUGCCUCCACUGAGAGAAAGAACAGAACUGCUCCUCUCCCUCCUUCCUCAGGGCCCACAGAGCUUAAAUGUCCUCUCCAAAGGACAGCGUCUGCAGUUGGACAUGGUCCUCAGCAGCCUUCAGGAUCAGAGCCAUGUAGCUUCUCUUCUUGGUUACAGCAAUUUCGGAGAGGUGACAACACUGGGACCCCCUCUGACACCCGCUAUGUCUGUCAGGGCAGCCUCCACAUCCAGCUCUAUUGAGGCCUAUGACCCUCUGCACUUAGCAGAAGUGCUGCUCAGGACUCUGCUGCUCAGUAUUGGCUUUUACACGGAGCGAGCGUUUGGGGAAUUGGAAAAAAACAGUGACAAGCAGCUCACAAGUGAUAACCAGGGACAGACUGAUCCUCCCUCUCACUUCCACCAGCUGUUGUCUGGACUUCAAAAACACCUGCUGGCACAUUGCUACAUCCAUUGUAGCACUGAGGAUGACAGCAGUGUAACGCUGCUUCGUGAGCAUCUUAACCUGCUGCUUCCCUGCGCUGCUGAAACACUCAGGAGAUCCACCAAACUGUUGAAAGACAGCUCCCUGGAUAAACAAAUAAUCAAGAAGCUGCACAUGGUGUUGUACAACUCUGUUGCUGGCAGCCUGCUGUGCCAGGUCAUGUACUCCUUGCUUCUGCUGCCCCUGGCCACAGUUCAACCUCUCCUGAGCCAUUUACUGGCCUUGCUGGAGCACCUUAAUGAUUUCAACAGGCUGUUGCCAGAGACAGGCCUCCUGGAGGAACAAGAGCUGGGGAUUGAGGCUGAGAAAACCUCUUCAGAUAAAAAUGAAGAAAACACAUGUGUUGGACAGCAGUACCAAGAGGAGGAGUGUAAAUGGGUCUGGCUGUUGGACCUGGAGAGGUCUGUAGCGUUGGCUGUUGGCCGCUGCCUUGGUGGUAUGCUUCAAGGCCCUCCGUCCUCACUUCAGGAGAAAAUGUCAGAGAUCUGGCUAUCAAAUGUCCUCCUCAGGAAUGGCCUGGAGACUGACUACGAACAACUGGACUCUAGCAUGGCAUGGCUUACUGAGGCAGUGCUUCUGGGCAGUAGUGAUGCCAGGCUGGCAGAGCUCAGUCUGAAUGAGGAAACCAGGACUUUGCUGGAACUUGCACUGGGGUCCUCAAGGGGAGCAGCAGGGUGCCUGUGGCAGAACAUAGAGGAGUAUGCACACAGUAAAGAGUGGGAGAGUGGAGGCUCCUCAGCAGACAGUUUGCUGCAGACUGUGUGUCGCUGCAGUCUGGCAGCUCUUCUGAAACACACUGGGCUGCAGAAUGAGGCCUGCUGGCAGGACAGAUAUGAGCCCAGUGAGACACUUUUAGACCUCUACGAAACUGUUUAUAAAAUCAGAAGCACUCUGUUGGCCUAUAAAAACUCUCCAAGGAUGUCCCAGGUGCAGACUGCUGCAAAACAGACUACUCAAUCUCCCGAAAGUCCUGAAGCAGAUCGUCAGGAGCCAAGCACCUCAGCGGAGCAGGCAGGGAAGGAUCAUGAGCAGCAGUCAAGAGGUCACUGCAGCCGGGAGGUGCAGGUGCCCGCAACACCAACGGCAAACCACAACCAGGAAGACAUUGCAGAGGAGGACACAUUUGGCAACAGUCGUAUGUACCUGUCAGAAGUUCUGGAAUCAUUCAUGGCCACCCGGGAGGCGAUGCAGGUCCAGCAGAGUGUGACGGUGUACGAGUCCUUUGGCACCUCCGCCCUCCCAAGCAGCAUGGAGAGUCCGAUCAGCCCGGAGAGGGAGCUGGAUCCCAAGCAGCAGUGGGACAAACAGAGGGAAUCCGAGGAAAGCAUGUCUUUCUCUGCUGCCUGCCAUCUGGUGGUGUCCCGCUGUCUCUUCCUGCUGCUUACAGUCAGGCCUGCUUGGGUGGAGCCCAGCGAAAGAGAGAAUGAGGAUAUGAAGAGGAAAUCAACAUCAGAAUCCUUUGCGAUAUCUCCUGAUGGACGUAAACAGUCUGACCUACCAAAAAAUUCCCUUGGAUCCUCCAAGAACAAAAUGGGCUUACCUCUGUGUUCUCUGGGCAUCAUGAAAGACGCCUGGGAUCGCCUGCGACAGUGUAUCAGCCCGAACGCCUCUAUGCCCCACUGUGGCAACAACACUUUGCCUAUUCUUAACCAGGCGUUCCAAUUUGCCUGUGGAAGCCUGAGCCAUUCGUCUCCCCCCUCAUCUACACUGCCUGCUGGACAGACGUGUAGUCACGCAGAUCCCAAGGCCAUUACAUCUGCUAUACUGCAGCAGCAGCACAGGGCUGAGUUGCGGCUGGAGGCCUUGUGUCACAUGUCAUCCUUCCUGCUGAAGAUGGAGGAAAAGAGCAGCGGGUUCACCGUCUCCCCUCAGUUUCCUGCGUUAUUGCAGUCCGUGCAGCUUCAGUUCCUGUCUGGAUGCUUUGCUCUGGGAACACAAAUCAUUAGCUCUCACUCUGGUGCUAAUUAUGAGAUGCAACAUUAUAUGUCUGGUACACAGUCAGCGUCAGUGGAUACUCAAACAGAGCUUCAAUCUGCAGCCCAUAUCUUCUACCAACAGGUGGUGCGUGUGCUCAAACAGAGGGCCGUGCUUGAAAGAGAACAUCCAGGUUCAUGCCAGCAUCUCCUCCUAGCCACAAUGUUUGCACUAAAUUUCAGCUACCAACCAGUGGACCUGGUGCUGGUCAUCAAAUGUGGCAUCCUGGAAAUCCUCUCCACACUAACAAACAACAGCUGUGCUCUGAUGAACCAGGGCUGGUUUGCAGCCUCAACAUCUGGAUCCAUGCUCUUAAGUGGGGCUGUUAGAUUAGCUUGUGCCCGCCUGCUACAGAUAUUGACGGUGGCUGCAAGCUCCUGUGAGGAUUUGCUGCCUUUAGAUGUCUCCCAUGCGUUGAUGGAAGUGAUGUGUGAGCAGCUCCACAACGUCCAGUAUACUUUCCACCAACAGCAGAAAGCAGAGAGGGGAACAUCCGAGGCAACAGAUCUGGACUGUGGAAGCAAGAGCACAAAUCUACAUGGAGUGGACAGCAGCAAAGUGGUUGAAUCUCAGCUGGCUGAUUUCUUGGUGUUCUUGAGGCGUGUAUUGUCAUUAAGAGUUAUGACAAGACUUUCUACUUUUGUCAAAUGGGUUGAUCCCCUCAUGGCCAUAAUUUCACACAAGUGCACUUUAGGAUCUCCAUGCUUCCAGAACCUUCGUACAAAACUUUUGGCCUUCCAUGUUUUAGAGAGACUGUUACCUGCUUGUUCUGAGCCCGCUCAAAUUCAACAGAUUGUUAAACAACUCUUUCAGCUUUCAUCUGUUUACAUGUGGAAGGAACCACUAGCAGAAAGGAACCGCGAGGAGACUGCUGAAAAAGAUAAGGGGAAUCAUGGCAGCUAUGACGAAUGUAUUCCCAUUGGAGACUUUUCCUUUGACCCACACAAGCUGAUCUGCUGUUCUCUGGAGAGUGGGAACAUCCUGUCACAUGGCUCAGGAGGGAAAGGUUACGGACUGGCAACCACUGCCAUCACAUCUGGCUGUUUCAUUUGGAAGUUCUACAUAACCAAAGAAAACCGAGGGAACGAGGGCACGUGUCUCGGUGUUUCCCGUUGGCCGGUCAGAGAUCACAACCACCACACCACCACUGACAUGUGGCUGUAUCGCGCCUACAGCGGGAACCUGUACCAUGGAGGGGAGCUGGUCCGCACACUUCCUUCUUUCACACAGGGAGACACCAUCACCUGCAUCCUGGACAUGGAGGCUCACACCAUUUCAUUUGCAAAGAAUGACAAGGAACCAAAGUUGGCUUUUGAAGGUGUGGUUGCCUCUGAACUAUACCCCUGUGUUUUGUUCUACAGCAGUAAUCCUGGGGAGAAGGUGGCGCUGCGGGAUCUCCAAAUGCGAGGCAUGCCCAGUAAUCUUCUCCCCGGGGAGCCUCUCUGCAGCCCUCGGACCACGGUGCUGCUGGAGUCAACAGUGCAGCUCCUCCGUCGGCUCCAUCAGUAUGAACAAUGGGCUUCGCACAUCAACGAGUACAUCCACACACACCUGGAGCUCAUUGGUCCCCUGCUGAAAGAGGACGACUUAGGAUGUUUCAGUCCAGGGGUCAGUCCCUCGCACUUUGAGAAAGAAGAGAAUGAGAAAGAUGUUCCCAGUGAAGACUCAGGGGAAAGUCUGUCACAUCGUCGAUCCCUGUCGGAUGCCAGGCUGGCUGCUCUUUGCGCUGACGUGUGGCCGGUCCUGGCCCUGAUUGGAGGAGUGGACAAUGGUCUCCGGGCUGGAGGUCUGUGCAGGCACAAACCCAGCGGGCGACGGGCCAUCCUGCUGGGCGUCCUGAAAGAAGGAAGCACCCUGGCCAAGCUUCAGUGGGAGGAGGCAGACUUCUCUGUCAGCUCCAUGAAUUCUUGGUCACCCAGUGACACGCCGAUCAUCUCUCUGGAGCCCUGCGAUGUAUCCUGCUGUAACGUCACCCAGCUCGGAGGCCUCAAACCGACGGUGUUGUUAGAUCUGAUUUAUUUGAUGGGGCUGCUGGAGGAGCAGGGAUGGGUGGGUGCAAAUCCUGCCCCAAAGAGGAAAUAUUCAGAGGAGAACAUGAAGGAAAGUGAGAUGCAGAGUCGUCAGGAUGAAGACAUGACUGAGGAUGAUGAGAGGAAGAAGUUCAAAGAGCAGAAUGUUGAUACAGACCCUUCCUCGUCACCAACCUCAAACAAAGUUGCUUCAAAGACCGCUGACCAUCAGGAGUUGACAUCUGUAACCCACACAAACUCCAAAUUGGAUGCCUUUGCCCUCGAAUUGAGAGCUGUUAGAGUCUCAUACCUCCUCAUUGGAGCUUUGAAAACCCUGACUGUCAUUUUCAGUUGUGAGAGGCUCUCGGAUUUGCUCCUGGUGCCUAAACAUGAUCCGUCCAACCCAGCAACGAGUCCCCUUACCAGCCCAAACCCUGACCAGACCAAAGCUAGCAGCAAACAGUGGGAUGAGAGCGCUGAGCUGAGGUCGGUGCUGCAGUACGUGGUGCAGAGCAUGGUGAAGUGGGCGGUCAGGCCGUGUCCCAUCAAACAGAGCGUGUCCCUCACAGACCUGGAGAGGGCUCAGGUCAUGAUCUACAAAGGAGCCAUAAACAGAAUGCAGGAGGACAAAGAACACAAAGAAUCUGGCCAUCACCCGUCCUCUCAGCCAGUUUCCAAGUCCUCUAGCUCUGUGUCGUUGUACAGCGCCGGAUCAGAAGGCACUGCAAUCUUUGGCCAAUCAAACAGAGCCUCUGCCUCUUCCUCUAAUACUGACUUAGCAUCCUCUCUGCCAGCACACCUGCAGGCGGAUACCCUGGAUAGUUUCAACCCUUUCUUUCCCAUCAGCCUUCUCCAGCAUAUGGUCUUAACUCGGUUCCCUACGCUUACUGGCCUGGUUAGCACCACCCCCGUGCUGCACCCCUGCUUCAGCCUGGCCAGCUCUGCUUCUUGUGAUGCCUUCACAGAGCAGCAGACUAGCUUCAUGGAACCAGGUCCCUGCAGCACACAGGCCAGGAGCAGCCUGGAACGGACACAAAUGUUUGUCACCAGUCGGUUGCUAGAAAUGGGAUUCACUAUGAGACAUAUCUACUGGGCCAUGGAGGCAGCAGAUGUAGCAGGUGACCUGGACUCUCAAACCAUCGAGGUGUUGGCCAGCUGGAUGUUAGAGCACCCGCUGACUGAGGAGCAGCAGACGGCUGAGUCAGCUCGACCUGAGCGUGCCCCGGACACCCCGUCACCAGAUGGGCCAGAGACUGUACAGUGCCCUGAGCGAUCCACCAGUCAACCCAAUGAAAGUUUGUUGCCAGGGCUGGACUGGAUCGAGAGGGAGAACUUCUUGGAUGUCCACCUCACCAGGAACAGACCUCCUCCUGCACGGCGGCGACGCUCAGGCCCGACUCAGAGGACCUCCUUCCGAAGGGCAGACCUGCCAUCACCCAACCCACUCCCGCAGCUCUACCAACAGCACACAUCUGUCAGUGAUUGGCCGGAGCAGGUGGAGUUUCAUCCCUUUUCUGCGGAGGAGGAGUCAGAGCUGGGCUACAUGGACGACCCGUACCAUGAAGAAAGUUACGAGGACUUGCUCACACCUUCCUUUUUCAGCUUGGAGAGAGACACACUGCAGAUAGUGGAGGCUGGAGAAGAACACAGUCAGAUGGUGAAGUGUGAGCUCUGCAACACCCUCACCCUGCAGUUUAACAACCACAUAAAGCGCCGUCACCCAGGGUGUGGUCAGAGCGCUGCACGUAAAGGUUACGACAGCACUGGGUCGUAUGUGGACGUCUGGUUCAAAGGAGAGUGUGGAUCCAACUUCCCCUUCUACCUCCUGUGCAGCUCCUGCAGGGAAAAGUAUCUGGCUGCGAACCUGAGCGACCCAAACUCUAAAUAUGAAAGGAUUAAGGGUCUAACAUCUGAUUUGGUUGGCCACUUGGACAGCACGUCUGAUGAUGAUUGGGAAAUUAGCCACCAAGACGAGUGCGACACGGACAAACUGACAGGACUGGAGGACUUUGGACUCUUGCUGCGACCACUGGGACUGACUGAAAAGAAGCUGGUGCCAGACCCCAUCCCCUUCACUGAGCCGGAUCCUCUCGGAGCUCUGGUUUACCGCACGGAUGACCCUAGGAGGGCAAUAGCUCCCAAAGGGAAUGCACUUGUUGAGCAUAAGGCCUCCCUGAGCCUUGGACAGCAGGCUGUAUCACUGAGGGACUCUCAUGACAGACUAAAAGCUUUGAGAAGAGUCACGUCCACAGCCCAGAUUCUGCUGGCUUACAGCAUGGUGAUGAGAGCUCUAUCUCAGACCGCCUCCAGUGCAUCUGUGUGCAGCCAGUCAAACGGACUGGAGUCGUUGGGUCUGGCAGAUAUCCGUAUCCUGGUCCGCUUGAUGACUCUAGCAGCAGGAGGCAGAGCUCACACCUGUAUGGACAGACAGCCAGGUGUGAAGGGGGUGACCACAGAGAGAAACAACUCCACCUGCCUCAGCUUCCUGUCCUCUGCCAUCGGCAGUGUGGUGUCCCACAGCCCCGCUGCUUACAGGCAGCUGGUGGAGAUAUGCACUCAGGACUUGAUGGCAGCAGCUACAGGAGUGAACAUAGGAGCCAUCAGUGACCCGCAGCAGAGAGGCUGUCUGAACUUCAGUCUAACAUCUGCAGCUCAAGGAGUCCAGAACCAGAAGGACACCAUCGAGCAGACUCCUCCAACAUUCCUGGUCACACAGAGUCUAGUGUCCCUGCUCACUGAGAAGGGUGUUCACUGUUACAGCUCAGACAGGACAGAACACGAGGCCAACGAUGCAGCAAACCAGGGGAUGCCUUCUUCGUCCUUGCCUCCUUCCCCUCUCCCCCACCUGAGCUCCAGAGUUGGCCCUCUGGAGCUGGCUAAUGCUCUGGCAGCGUGUGUUCUGUCUGCCAGGCUGACCAAUAAGCACCGUCAGUGGGCAGCACAGCAGCUGGUGCAGGCCUUGGCUGCCACAGGGCGGGACAGUCCUAAUCGGCCCCAAACAUACAGUGACCUGGCAGGUGAUCUGCGCAAAUGUCCCCUCAAGAGGCUGGAAGGACACUACAACAAGGUGACCAGCUGUUCCUGGAACAGUGAUCAGAGUUUGCUGGCUACAUGCUCCCAGGACAAAGUGGUGCAACUGUGGAGCAUCAGCCAGAGUAAUGUGGAGUUACAGACCACCUUCUCCUGCAUCACCAGUAAGGUGGACAGAUCGAGCAGCGAGCGGUCCAGUAGAUGUUCCCACACGUCUCCCGUCUACUGGAGUACAGGCGGACACUUUUUGGCAGCUCCGGAGAACAAACACAUCAACAUCAUGAACAUCAGGGGGUCUCACUGUCAUGUGGAGGCUCAGGUGUCCCGGGUCACGGCUCUCUGCUGGGCUCAGGCCUUCAGCUUGUGGGUUCUCGAGCAGCCAGCUGCCGGUAAGAACAGACCUGCUGAGAGCCUGCUGGUGGGACGGCUGGACGGCUCCCUCUGCUGGCUGCAGGUCACACUGCAGGAGAUCGACCUGCAUGUAAAAAGUACAGAGCUCGCCCACUGCUACAGGAAGGAGGCUCCUCAGUGUGUGGCCUGGCACAGUGAGGACAAGCCUUUCGCAGUGGGCUAUCCCAGUGGAAUAAUCCUUUUGUCCACACCAGAGAUGUACGAGAAUGAGCAGCCUGUGGAGCUCUCUAUCUUCCAGGACAGUGUGACUUCUCUAAAAUGGGACCCCACAGGACACCUCCUGCUCUGUUUGGGGAGGUCAGAGGUAGUGAAGAUACUGGGACGCACUGAGGGCACAUGGGUGACCCUCCACUCCAUCAUUCAUACCAGCACUGUUAACAUCGCAGAAUGGUGUCCGCUCGCUGGCAGAGCAACAGAUCCCAGGCUUAUGAUGGCUGCAGGCUGUCAGAAUGGCUCUGUGCAUGUCUGGACAUUGCCACAGGGGGGUACCGUUGUAUCUUUGCCUAACAUACUCAACAGCCCCCUGAGCCAGGAUAAAAACACAGAAGUCAAGGAGGGAGCAAACUGUGUGUUUGUACUGCAUGGCCACAUUACAGCAGUGAAGUCGCUGUCAUUUUGCUCCACUGGACUGGCUCUGGUCUCUGGAGGGAUAGGGGGACUGCUCAACAUCUGGUCCUUACAGGAUGGCUCAGUCUCACAGACGGUUACAGGUUUGGGUUCAGUCGUCAGCACUACCUGGAUACCAAACUUGGGUGUAGCUGCCUGCUUUGGGAGGUCGAAGGACGUGUCGUUGAUCUGCUGCACCCCUGACUGGAUCAGUCAGAAUCAUGUGCUGGCUUCCUGUAGAAUGGUCCUCAGAAGCCAGAACAUCCUGGGUCUGAAUCGGGCUCCUUGUUUGUCCGUCUUCCUGGAGAGGCUUCCCCUGCUGCUGCAGGAUCAGUACAACUACGAGCGGAGCCAUGUGGCAGCCGGUGACCAGCUCGUCCACAGUGUCUUCCUGCAGAGUCUGGCCUCUCUGACUGUUGGUCUGUCCUUAGAGAAACACCUCUGCCGGUUUCCACGCCCGCCACACCACACCUAUCCUGAGGCCCACGCCUGCCCGUCAGAGUGGAGCUGGCUCGCCACGUACGCCACUACUGUCCGCAGUGCUGAGGCUAUCGCAAGCGGAACAGUCUUCCCAGAAUCCUUCAUUGUUUCUGAUUGUCAUGAGAUUGAAGAGUGUGAACUCAUCAAGGCACUAGACAACAGUAAGUGGAGCUUCAGGAUGGACGAACAGCUGAUGUCAUGGGCAACCACCAGACCAGAGGACUGGCAACAAGGUGGGAAGAGUGACGUGUACUUGUGGGGGAAUGGACGCUACGGACAGUUGGCAGGAGUGGGAACCAACCUCAUGAUUCCUGCUCUCGCAUCCUCCCUGUUACAAACACAACAGGUUGUGUGUGGACAGAACUGCACCUUCCUGGUCCAGUCCAAUGGGACGGUACUGGCUGUAGGAGAAGGACAAUAUGGCAGACUGGGACAAGGGAAUUCUGAUGAUCUCUACAUCCCUACUAUCAUCUCUGCUUUUCAAGGUUAUGUGGUGACUCAGCUGGUGACGUCCUGUGGGUCUGAUGGACACUCUAUGGCUCUGACUGAGACCGGGGAGGUGUUCAGUUGGGGAGAUGGCGAUUUUGGGAAACUGGGUCACGGCAAUAGUGAAAGGCAGAGGAGACCAAAACAGAUAGAGGCCUUACAAGGAGAGGACGUCAUUCAGCUUGCUUGUGGUUUCCGGCACUCGGCUGUCGUCACGGCAGAUGGGAAGUUGUUCACCUUCGGCAGCGGUGAAUCUGGUCGCCUGGGUCAAAGAUCAACAUCCAACAAGAUGCUGCCUGAGAGGGUGGCAGCACUAGAAGGAUAUCAUGUGGGGCAGGUGUCAUGUGGCCUCAACCACACAUUGGUGCUGUCACUUGAUGGCAUGGUUGUGUGGGCGUUUGGAGAUGGGGAUUAUGGAAAAUUAGGGACAGGUUCCUCCACAGCCAAAUAUUACCCUCAGGCAAUGGAGCAGCUUUGCAACAAGAGUAUAAAGAAGGUCAGCUGUGGAACUCAGUUCUCUGUGGCGUUGAGCUGUGAUGGACAUGUUUACACAUUUGGACAAGAGCGUCUGAUCGGCCUGACGGACUCCAUGCUGAAGAAUAAAUCCUGCCCUCAGGUGGUGCCAUCUCUGGAGGGGCUGUUCAUAGAAGAUAUAGCCGUGGGCUGUGAGCAUGUGCUCGCCCUGUCCUCCACAGGAGAUGUCUAUGCCUGGGGCUGCAACAGCGAGGGACAGCUUGGCCUUGGACACUCUAACCCCAUGAAGGAGCCCACACUCAUUACAGCCCUCCAGGGGAAAAACAUCAGACAGAUCUCUGCUGGUCGCUGUCACAGCUCAGCAUGGACCACCCCCUCUACCUCCAUCAAACACUCAGGUGGCCCUGGGAACUUCCAGCUUGGCCUUCCCCAGUCAGUCCCCCCUCAGUACAACACUCUGAAAGACUGCAGCCCCGACGUCCUCAGCAUGCGCCUCAGGGUCCUCAACCACUUCUCUGAUCUCAUGUACAAGUCCUGGAGGCUGCUCAACCUAGACGCCAGGAACCCAGUGUCUACUUCACGCUACAGUUCAGGGACAACAGCCAUCAUCCGCGGUGAACUCAGAGGCAUUUUAUCACCCAAGGUCAACACCCUGCCUCUGGUGCGCUCCAUAGGCAGGACGAUGACGCAGGGCAAAACAUAUGGGCCACAGAUAACUGUGAAACGGAUUUCAACGAGAGGGCGUUCGAGUAAGCCCAUCUUUGUGCAGAUUGCGAAGCAAGUGGUGAGCCUGAACCCCCUCGAGCUGCGACUUCCAUCUCGAGCCUGGAAGGUCAAGCUCGUCGGAGAGGGAGCGGACGAUGCCGGAGGAGUGUUUGAUGACACCAUCACUGAGAUGUGCCAGGAGCUGCAGUCUGGUGUCGUGGAUCUUCUGAUUCAUACUCCCAACAGUUUUGCAGACGUGGGCUGUAACACAGACAGGUUCCUCUUGAACCCGGCGGCACUCUCAGAGGAUCACAUGAUCCAGUUUCGCUUCCUGGGCAUCCUCAUGGCCGUGGCUAUCCGCACCAAGAAACCUCUGGACUUACAUCUGGCUCCACUGGUGUGGAAACAGCUCUGCUCGAUGCCACUGGGGGGGCCAGACCUGGAGGAGGUAGACCUGCUCACCUACCGCACCCUGCAGGGAAUCCUCCACCUGGAAAACAGCGGAAUCACAGAGGAUAAUUUCCAUGUGAUGAUCCCACUGGACUCAUUCAUGGCCCACAGUGCAGAUGGACGACUGGUUCCUGUGGUUCCUGGAGGGCAGAACAUCUCCCUCACAUUUGCAAAUCGGAAUGAAUAUGUGGAGCGAGCUCUGGACUACAGGCUGCAUGAGAUGGACUCACAGGUGGCAGCAGUCAGAGAGGGCAUGUCCACCAUCAUCCCCGUGCCCCUCCUCUCCCUGCUGACGGCACAGCAGCUGGAGCAGCUGGUCUGCGGCCUGCCAGAGGUCUCGGUCGAGAUGCUGAAGAAGCUGGUGCGUUACCGUGACAUCACGGAGAGCCACCAGCUCGUUGGCUGGUUCUGGCAGAGCCUCGAGGAGUUCACCAACGAGGAGCGAGUGCUCUUCCUGCGUUUCGUCUCUGGCCGGUCCAGGUUGCCCUCAAACCCCGCUGACAUCACGCAGAAGUUCCAAAUCAUCAAGGUUGACAGGCCAAUCAACGGCCUCCCCACUGCUCAGACCUGCUUCUUCCUGUUCCGCCUCCCCCCGUACACGAGCCAGGCCAUCCUUGCCGAGCGUCUGCGUUACUCCAUCCACAACUGCCCCUCCAUCGACAUGGACAACUACAUGCUGACACACAACACGGACCCGGCAGACAGCUCGGACACAGAGGACUGACGCAGCCGCAUGUGGGCACCAGUGUGAUGAAUGUAUCUUCUCUCAUGCCAUGAACAUUAUGCACUGAACACUGAUUUUUAUCCAAACCUGUACUGUAGUGUACUGUUUAUAUGUCGCUUGAUUUAAAGGUACGUGUAGUUCUGGCUUUUCCACUGUAGUACAAGGUGUUGUGAUUAUUGCAGUGACAACUCUGAAACCAAACUACAGGGAAACAGAAUAUACGAUUUUUCAAUAUAAAGGUGAAUAAGCCACAAUAAAAGAGUACAUGUGCCUGUUUGUUUGGAAAUAAUGUACAUGUAAUAACUUAUUGUCCUGCCCCACACUGGCAGUAUUAUUGUAAAAUAAACAGUGUUUAAAUAAGGA